UGGCGCUCGCUACUUGCGCCGACCUCUCUCUCUCUCUCUCUGAGACCAGUUAUCGAUCUCUGGGUGUAGGGUGGGCGGUCCCCUGUAGCACGGUGGCCGCUACUCGUGCGCGCGCACUGCGGCCUUGUUUACCAGUGUGGAGUGCAGCGUGUUGUGUGGCCUCAGUCCCUGUAUAAAACUCCUUUAUAUGUCAGCGUGAACGUACGUGUGCUCACACCCCACCAGCACCCCUCGUCUACACUCUAAUAUCGUUACCGUAUCGGUAACAUUGUGUCAGAUUCCUCCCCGUAUUGUCGAACGCUUUCUUACUGUACGACAAUACCUCGUUACUGCUAUGAUCGUGAGUGCUGCUAUGCGAAGCUAAGAUAUGCCAGACUUAAAGGCGUCAGUUGCUACCGGGAAUUCCCUUGAGUGACUGGUUCUUGUGAUGUCCUAGCCAACAAGUCCUCCUUCAUACGGCGUUAGUGUGUGUCUCUUCCGUUGUGGUAUACACUACGUCAAAACUGACUUCGUAUGAGCGCGCCCUCACUUGCCUCCAGGAGCUACUACAGUACACUUCGACGAGUGCAGCUGUAGCACCUUGUAAUCAUGUGGUCAUCGGCUCCUCUUUUCGGCGCUAGACUGGUCUUAUAACUGAGUACACAGCGACCAUUAUCGAGUGGAUGUUGGUGUUAAGAGGUGUCUUAAUGAGGGGUGUGUCUGGGUGACUGGGACCAACUGGUGGGAGCAUGGAUGACCCGGCUGGGGCCGGCCCACCACGCAGGGACGAUGAUAGCGACACCAGCGCCGGCAAUGUGGAUUCCGAAGCUACCGUCCGCAGGAGGCGGGUGGUAUCCACCGCCAAGCUCACGCUCUCUGCAGCCAGCCGCCUCCUGCGUCGAAAGAUCCCUCAGAGUGGUCACCUCAUGCUGCCUAAGAGGAUGUGGAUGCAGACAGUUCCCACUCAGGACUGCGAGGUGGUGGUGGUGAUGGCUGGAGGGACCAGAGAAACAACACUGCAGUGGCUGCUGGUGAGACUCAGGACCCGCCUGCCGGAGCUAACAAUGUGUGUGAAGAACCACGCUGCCACCAACGCCUACGCUCUCUAUCUCUCCGCCACCUACGACGGAUUGAUCAAAGGAGGCGAGGAAAUGCGUCUGGUUAAGACUAUGAAGAGCGAGUACGGUGGAGGACUGAGGGAACUUUCGCAGGCAGAGUUGGGCAUCUUCCAGGGUGUGGAGGAUGGAGCGAGCUUCUUCACAACACUGGAGAGGCAGAGCAUCGUACUACACAUCCUGAACUCCCUGAGGGCGACGCAGGGAGAGGCAGUCGAGGGCACUACCUUCAGGGAGGGACAAGCUAUCAUUCCCAAGUUCGAGUCUGAGGGUUUGAUCCACGGUAUUCUUCCCCUACACGACUACAACAAACUGGAGCACUUGAGAACCACCUGGGUGCAGACCUUCUUCAGAUACCAGCCCAUAGAGGCGAUCCAGGAAUACUUCGGCUCCAAAAUCGCCAUCUACUUCGCCUGGCUGGGAUACUACACCACCGCCCUUACCAUUCCAGCUGUCAUCGGGUUAAUAAUAUGGGUUUGCUUGUGGGGACGAGAUCAGGCGUUGGAGGACAAGGGGUUUGUGCUCUUUGCUUUCCUGAACGUGGUAUGGGCGUCCAUGUGGCUGGAGGGAUGGAAAAGACAUAGCGCCGUGCUCGCCUACAACUGGGGCACGCUCGACUCUCAUGUUGAAGUCUUCUCCGAGCCAAGACCACACUUCACGGGUGAGCUACGGGUGAGCAGCGUGACGGGUCGCCUGGAACCUGAGUAUCCAGCCUGGAGACGUAACCUCAUCCGCUACUUCGUUACCCUUCCCAUCAUAUUCUGCUCCUUGCUGGUUGUCUUCAUCGUCAUGCUGCUCCUCCUGCAACUCCAGGACCUGUGUGAUGCUUUUAUUACGGCGCACGAGUACACAUUCUACCUGUCCUACGCUCCCAAGAUUCUCAUGGCCCUCACCAUCUCCGCUUUUGAUGAAGGCUAUACAAAGGUAGCCGUCUGGCUCAACGACAUGGAAAAUUACCGAACGGAGGAGACCUACCAGAAUCACCUCAUCAUUAAACUUUCAGUGUUUCGGUUCGUAAACUCAUUCCUGUCGUUGUUCUACAUUGCCUUCUACUUGCAAGACAUGGAACGUCUCAAAGAGCAACUGGCAGCGUUGCUCCUGACGCGGCAGGUAGUGGGUAACAUCAAGGAGUCUUGUAUCCCUUACCUGCUGGAGCAGUUUAAGCUGGCCAAGCUGAGCUUCGACCUUUACGGCGCUCUCUCCCCCUCCGAGGAAACCAAACAUCAGGACUGGCCGCAGGAGAACCCGCCGCAGCCCGCAGGAGACACACAGAUACCGGAAGAGGGAGGGACAGAUUCGUGUCCAGGAGUUACAGCCAACAGCAGAGAGACAGCAGCAGCAGCAACAGCAGCACCGCCGAGCAGCGGGGAGGUAACAGCUGUAGGGAGCGGAGACCCCUACCUCGCCCGCGGCAGCAGUAAGAACCGCAUCGUCAGCCAGGCAGAAGUGGAGUGCAACAUGUCAAGGUAUGAGGGGACGUUCGAAGACUACCUGGAGAUGUUCAUCCAGUUCGGCUACGUGACUCUCUUCUCGUCAGCCUUCCCGCUGGCCGCCAUGUGCGCCUUCCUCAACAAUCUCAUCGAGAUCCGCUCAGAUGCCUUCAAGCUUUGCUGCGUCUUCCAGAGACCCUUCGGCAACCGAGCUCAGAGCAUCGGUGUGUGGCAGGACGCCAUGGAACUGAUGGGCGUGUUGGGAAUCAUGGUCAACUGCAUGCUGAUCGGUCUGUCUGGCCAAGUACAUCGUAUGUUCCCUGAAAUGUCCACCGCGCACACCAUCCUCCUCAUCAUUGUCCUUGAGCAUGCUAUGAUUGCACUGAAGUACGGCAUCAGCUACGCCAUCCCGGACAUUCCAGAGUGGAUUGCUACAGAGAUGGCUAAAGUGGAGUUCCAGAGACGAGAGGCUCUGCGUCGCCUCUCAUCCUCGAACUCGCCUCCAACACGCGAGGACUCCCAGCCUUCUUCCCCCAGCAGGUACUUGUUUGGGCAUUCCAUUACGUCAACUGAGUAUGUGGAUCGAACUGCCCAGACGGACAUUAUGUAUUCCAGGGCAAGGUCCUUCAAGAUGUCUCCAACGAGCACCAUAGAUGAGGACGAGGUGCUCUCUCCUGCCGAGUCAAGCAGCCAGAGAGGGAGCCUGAGCGAAGGGACGGUCGAGGUGGGAGAGUUUGAUGAGAAGAGAGAAGAUGAGAUGAGAUAUCGUGAACUGGAAGAAGCGAGAAUACGGCCGAUCGUCCGACUGGGACGGAGCGUCUCAGCUUGCGAAAGAGUUCGCCACCGCGUUCCACGCAUCAGUAGAAUAGUGAAUCAAGAGAGCAACGAGUCCAAUGAUUCUGAAGAAGAUCUAAUUUCAAAGCCAUUUGACAGCCUGCCAAUGUUGUCAGCUCCGGCAACCGUUGAUAAAAAGAACAGAUUGUUUAGGUUCUCACCUGAAAGUGAAAAUAUGAUUGGACAAAUGAAGGCCAGGUCACGACUCCUUGAUAAGCCGGACUUCACCCAUGGAAGUCAAUAUGCUCAAUUUUCAUCUAGAUCGGUGGAGUGCGUGUCAGAUACGACGGGUCACAGCCGCUACACUGACGACUCCACAGGACACAUUAGCGAAGAGGGCACUCCGGAGAAUAGUACGUCGAGCCGGACACCGACUCCCCCUGGCUCGGACGCCAAAGAUACGCCUCACACCCCAGCCUCUACUCAGCCCGAGGUUCCCACACCACCAGCCCCAGCUCCCGCCGACGAACCCAGAGAACCAAUAGCUCGAAGGAAACCCCCAAUGAAGUUCCUGAAGCGAGCGCAGAGUCUGUCGUACGUAUUUAAGCGCAGCAAUAAACCCGAGAAGAAGAAGAAAGUGAUUCACGACGACUAUGCAGCAUUGGUGGGAACGAGAGAGGUGCAGGGAGAGCUAGCUCUGGUGCCUCUGGAGAAGCUAGUGGCCAUUGAUGAUAUCCAGAUGCAGCCCUCCCUCUCCUCUUAUAAUGUGUACGGCGACUAGCACAACCCAGCAAUCACCAUAACUUAGUUAUAGAAUUAAUCACAGUUAUAAGUAUAAAUGUAUGUGUUAGGGCAGCCUGGCUCGUUAGAGAGAGAGAGAGAGAGAGAGAGAGAGAGAGAGAGUGUGUGUGUGUGUGUGUGUGUACAUGGGUACGUUGCGACGUGUAUGGACCAUAUUGCCAGCCCACCAGGAGAUCGCAUGUGUAUCUGUUGCCUCUGUUGUUGCCUUAAAAUACUUCCGUUGCUCUGUUAACAGUAGUGUGCAGGUCAUUGUCUAGGUAUGUACACAUACGUGUGUGGAUGAGCGUGAGUGAAUGUGUGCGUAUUCGCUAGAGUGUUGACAGCAACAGGUCACAAGAACAUGUACUUGCUGUGUAUUAGAACUUUCGUGGGUGUAUGUUCACCAGAGCUAAUAGGUCUGUAUAUAAGACAAAUACAAAAAAAUACUGAAGAUAAGCUAAUAAUAAUAAUAAUAAUAAUAAUAAUAAUAAUAAUAAUAAUAAUAAUAAUAAUAAUAAUAAUAAAUGUGCUCGUCGAUCUUCGCAAAUAUUUCUGUUUCAUCUCUUGUGUGUCUGAGCAUCACAUCUCCGCCGCUGCUCUUCCCUCCGCGCUCACCGCCGCACCAGAUGAUGAUGCUGUGAGAUCUCCCACCUGUGUCAACACCGUUCUCUAGAUGACAGACUUAGGCCAAUUCCGUGACCCAUUAAAAAAAACCCAAAACAACAAGGAAGUUGGGAUGUCAGCAUUUACCUCAUUGACCUUUCAUUGACCUUUCAUUGACCUUCAUAUUUUACACGUGUGAUAUGUUUUAGACCGACCAAAAAAAAAAAAAAAGGUGCAGCUUACAUUUGUAAAAAAGAAAAUGUAAAAAAAAAAAAUAGCUAUACCGAGUGUAAAAUAAUAGCUGUGUACAAAUUGUUUUUGGUAGGAUUUACAUUACAGUGGAAGGAGGAGCCUCUAGUGCCAUCCUGGUGCCAUUGUGGCUCCAUUACGGCAGUACAGCGGUUCCACUGUGGCAUCGGGGUCAGCGGCACUAUCAGAGCUCAGGAAGCACACGAGAUUACGGAGAAAAUUUCUAUAAGUUAAACAAUGGAUUUAGUUACCUCAAAAGAAAUCGAAUGUACACAAAUCCAUGGAAAUUGUUGACUGAAAAAACCUAAUACAAAAUAGAAAAACAAAAA